AUGUCGUCCGUUUUACCGCUUGAUACCAACAUAAAGGCUGCUGACGACAAUGGAUACUCAACCCAGACGGAUAUUGGCCUUCUAGGGGCUGUAAUCUAUGAGAUUGUAACUGGAGAGCGCUACCUGCCACUAGAAGCUUGUAGAGCUACUUGGCCCCUAAGGACGACUCUCCUAGCAAACAAAGUAUCUGGCUUGGCCAGAUCAUUGAGAAAUGUUGGACAAAAGGUGCAUUUCAGAAUACAGAUCGCCUGUCAGAGGCAUUCGAUUCCAUCAGCCUGGACAAUCGGUCUACCUAACGAAAUGAGAUAUUCAACUGCUGCAAGCCACGGAUUACUCUUCACGGCAUCAAUACAACCGAUCCCCCAGCUUGGGGUCAUCAUGCCGCAGCAGGUCUUUGAAGAUAGGCCAAAUUUUCAGCCAACCGAGCAGAGUAAUUCCAUGCUCUCGUACCUUAGCAUCGUCCAGCACCUUCGGACAAUUGGGAAGCUCAUCCGGGGUUGGCCAGUGUUUGUAAUCAAAAUAGCCAUGUUUAUCAAUUUCGACCAUACCGCGAUAGAAACCAAGGCCAAGCCCGUGGAAGCUAAUAUGAAGGACUUGUGCAGUGAGUACGAGCUUAACUAA